AUGAAGAUGACCCGGGCGCGGGCAGCGUCCUGGCUGGCCUGGACGCUCGAGGCCCUCGACAAGUCCAACAUUGCGAAGGAGCUGCUGGAGCUGACGGGCGAGGGCUUCAAGGAGCUUGCGGAGUUUGUGGCGGCCCAGGGCGGAAGGCUGACCAACAGCCUGAUCAAGGCCACCGUGGCCGCCAGCCGCAUCUACCUCAUGGGCGCCUCGCUCCUGCAGAUCACCGCCGCGCUGCAGUACCCGGCCUGGUGGGCCGACGCACCCGAGGACGCCUCGGAGGGCCGCGCGGUCCGGCGCUGGAGAGCCGACCCCAAGAACGUGGAUAAGACGGCGGUCGCGGUUGGCGCGCUCUACGAGGAGAAGGGCGAGCGGGAAGCGCGCGGCGGCAGCGACAACUCCGCCGCCGGCAUCUUCAAGCGGAGCGCGCCGCGGCGGCGCGAGGAGGAGGAGGAGGAGGACGAGGACGACGAGCAGGACGCGGCGCCGGCCAAGAAGAAGAAGCGCCGAGCAGCGCCCCCCAGCGCAUCGGAGGAGUCCCCCCUCAAGGACACCCGCACGAAGGCGAGGGCCGGCAAAUCCCCGGAGGUCUCCGAGGAGGAGGACGACCACAAGGCGGCCGCCUUCGGGGAGGCGCAGGUCCUCCUGGCGGCGGCGGAGCGGAAAGCCAUGGAGACCGGCAACGCGCCGCAGUCCAAGGCGCCGGCAGAGGAGAUCAAAGCGCUCCUGUCGCAGCUGCCCGCGGGACUGGAGCCGUGGAAGCCGUCGCUGCCGGAGGCGGACACGGAGGGCAACAUAGCGGGGCCCGCGGCGAAGAAGGCCUGCCAACACCUGGAAGCCCUGGCAUCUGAGGCGGAGUCGUUCCUGCUCGCGCAAGGAACGCGCUUGCUGGCCCUGGCGCUGGAGAAGCUCGCGCGCCCGCCGCUGCCGGCCUGCCCCGCCGCGCACAUCUGCGGCUACCUCACUGCGGCCGAACGGGCGCGCGCGCAAGAGGCGGGGCGCAGCGAACAGCCCGUCGGCGCCCGCAGCGCCCUAGCGCGGGCGGCGGCGGAGACCGCGGAGAAGCUUCAGACGGCCCUGGACCGCGCCGGUCUCGCGGAGGCGCAGUGGCCAGGUCUGCUGGAGGCCGCCGGCAUCGAGGACAGUGCCGUGGCGGCCCCGGGGACCACGGACUUCUACGCGCGCGCGGAGGUCCGCUGGGGCCUGCGCCCGGCGGACGCCCUUCCGAAGCACAUGCUCGCGGACCACUUGACCGAGUUCUGCGGCACCACAGACUGGCGGGCGGCGUUCGAGGCGGCGCAGGAGGCGGAGGUCUACAGCGAACACCUGAACCUGGAGGAGUACGACGGCCAGGAGUUCGGGCUGGCGGUCCACUUCGCCUGGCGGGGCCACGAAGCCGCCUUCUUCGUGCCGGAGAUCCUGGUGGACCCCGCCGGCUUCGGAAGUGAUUGA